AAGAACAUCACCCCCGGGGUGCUGCCGCCCCCCCACAUCACCACCCGCACCAAAUAUGUGCACAGGGAGAAAAUAUACCCUUUAUUUUCUUUCAUGUUGUGGACACCUGUGCGCAAGGCACCCCCGCCCCACAACAUCACCAUCUACUUUGGUUCCGCUUACGUGGCUGUCACCCGGCCCUUUGUGGAGUUUGUGCUGCAGGACCAGCGCGCCAUCGAUCUGCUGGCAUGGUCCGAGGACACCUACAGCCCCGACGAGCACUUCUGGGUGACGCUCAACAGGAUCCCGGGUGUCCCAGGCUCCAUGCCCAACGCAUCAUGGGAGGGUGGCCUGAAAGCAGUGAAGUGGAUUGAUAUGGAAGAGAUACAUGGAGGUUGUCAUGGCCAUUACGUCAGAGGUAUUUGUGUAUACGGAACAGGUGACCUCAAGUGGCUUUUUAACUCCACCUGUAUGUUUGCAAAUAAGUUUGAGCUUAAAACAUAUCCCCUGACUGUGGAGUGCCUGGAGCUAAGACAUCGCCAGAGAACCUUGUCCCAGAGUGAGGUUCGGGUGGAACCCAACUGGUAUUUUUAGCGAGUAAAACCCCAGGCUGCAACAUCUAUAAAUGCAGUCAAGAGAAGAGCAGCAGCAACCUUAAUUUCUGCUGUGCCAGAAGCAUAAACUCAUGAGACGGGUUUCUUUAGGAUGUUCUGUAGAUGCAGCUCAGGUUGGCUUGUCUCACACUGCCUGCAAAUCUCACCUUCCACUUAACAUCCAGCACGAGAGAUAAUACAAAAAGAGACACCAGGGCAAAGUUCUUCUUGCAGCUGGAGGAGGUUUGCACUUUUGCCAUUUUUAAUGGGCUGUUUUCCAGACCCAACUUUUGUCUUGCUACACCAUCAUGGAGAUCUUUUUCUAUAAAAAUAUAAACAGAGUCAUGCAUCCCUGGCACUUCUCAUGUCUGAAAGACCAGUGUGCACAUUUGGUAAACAAAAAGGUAAUGAGUCACAGUCAGCAAGAUCUUAAAAGGAGGAACACAACUGCUAGUGCUACAGGCAGAGUCUAUUUUGUCAAAGAUGCUGAUAUUUACUGAAGAGAACUGAUGGAAAAGUACUGGAAAUGGAAUAAAGACACUGCACUUCCCAGAU